AUGGUCCAGGCGCGCACGCUCCAUCUCCAACGUGUCGUCGCAUCAUCCACCGAAGCUCCCAAAGACAGGAUAGACGCCAGCAAGAUCAUCGACCUCGCCAAAAGAUUAGAAGAGCUUGAAGCCCACGUAGCAGAAACAGCCGCAGCGCGCCUUGCCUCCAGCCAGGACCAACAGUCCCAGCCCCAAGCGCACGACUCCCUCGUCUCACAGAGUACGGCAGAAGUGCGAAAAUCGGUCCAACCGGAUAUCGAUGCCCUGAACCGCGCCGUGAGACGUUACGAGAAACGUACCGCGCUGACUUCCUUCCAGACGGACUCCAGACUCGAAGCGCUAGAGGGUCAGGUCCGGGAUGCCAUUUCGUUAGCCGCUGCGGCGCAGCGUUCUAGUAUACGAAAACCGAGGAGUUCUGUGUUCGUGUUCCUCGAGUGGCUUUAUGCGCUUGCUAUGCUCCCCGCUCAGGUCUUCAUGUCCCUGGCUGUACUGCCAUUCCAUGUCGCGAGACGGUGUCUGCGGUUUUUUCAAGGUGUGCUCUUUUCGAAACCACACCCACAACCCAAACCUGCGAGCGGCAAGAUGCCGCAAGACCGUAAAGCGCGGUCUCCCAAACGCCCGAGACGAGUACCUCAGCAAGACCAAGCAGAGACGAAGGGACUAAAGUCCAUUCGCGAAUAUACAUAA